CUUCCUAUGUCCUAGCUGUUCGCGUCACAUCACUGAUUCGAUGCGCCAGAUCACCAGCUAAUCCUGAGGAACUCCUAAUCAUCGCAAUGAAAACGCGAGCCUGCGAAGCAAUUUAACAUCAACGAGUAGCGAAGCUGGGUUUCAUACAGUACUCAUUCUGCAAGAUGGACGGACAGGCGGCGGCAGGCGCUCAAUCUGGAAUUUUCGAACCGAAUCAGAAAGAGCAGAACUAUGCAUCUCACGGUACUCUUUUCAAAGCGCUACAUGAUCUGCAGCUUCCACUCGACGCGUUGCUCUCCCACUCAUCUGGAUCGAGGUGUGAUCGAGACAGCGAGAAUGUGAACGCAUCUGCCGCAGCCGCAACAAAGUCGACGGCAUCGAUCCACCUUCAUCCCUUUAAUGCAACCACGGCCAGUGUACUCGGGCAAGGGCCGCUGUGUAACUCGCAAGAUGCCAGUUCUGACCCUUAUCAAAUGCCGGGACUUUCGAGGCAGGCAUUUGCUCAGGCGCUUCAAGCAGUACGGACCUCGCUUGACUGGCACAGAUCCAAGAUUCUGCCUGUGCUCGUACGGCCCGGCGGCCCCUCUACUGGCGACAGGCAACCCGCUGUAUCCCCUAGCUCUGGUCCCGCAAAUGUCCCUACAGACAAUUCUAUCACUACGACAACGAUGUCCACCUCAUCCAAGGAGCGCUUCCUCAUGCUACUGCGUGAGCAAAGCGCCGACGAUGCGACUCUUCAAGAAGUGGUCGGCGCGCUGCUGCAGGGCACUUCAUUGCUAGACUCAGAGACCAAGGGCGCGCCUCCUCUGCGAAACCUGAGGCGACGCUUGCCACAGGCACUCGUCUGGACACCGAAGCGUCUCACACGAAGGCCGCAAGGAGAGAGCGAUGCGAACAGGGAAGCAAAGCGUUGUCGGCUACAAUUUGGAUCGCAUCAUGGAUCGGUCUCGCCGAGCUUGGAUAACAAGGGUAAAGCCAAGGCAGUUGAUGGCGAACAAUCGCACAAAGCGUCUUCCUACUUGCCCCCGCCCUCCCCGCUCGCUUCCACCUUUCUCUCUCGGUUUCAGGCCCUCUCUUCCGAACUCCACGAAAACACCGCGCCACAUCCGGUAAUGACCUUUGCCGAAGCUCGUACCAUCUUGCUCAGGCUUUCUAGCGCUCUGAGCUCGCUCGGUACGGAGUUGAAGCUGGAGCAUCUUGAGGAUCGCCACGAUGUUGAACCGGAGGCGCAGGAAGCCACACAAGUGCAGACGCACACGCUCACCAUCGCCGGGAAGAUUCUUGUGCUUGAUUUUGAGUUCCUGCUCUCCGUUGCGCAAAAGGUGUGGUCCCCAAGCAUCCGGAUACGGAUCUCCUAUGCAACUUCAAGUGGAGAAACGAAUGGGAACGCUCAUGAAGGAUUGUCCAACGAAGUAAUGGAUGUACAGCACAAUAACAGCGAAAAGGCAAGAUACUUUGAGCAAUCACUUGAUGUUCUGCUUCAAAAUGACGUACAAAAAAUAUCCGAGGUGCUCUUUAAUCUGGAAACGACGUCACAUCCGUCAAGGGCCGCAGAGCUGCAGGACAAGCUGGAAGCCCAUUAUGCUCGCUUCUCUGCCAACCUCGAAACGUUGGUGCGCUUGGACCGGAGCAAGGUGCAAGAAGGCUGUUCCGACCCUUUUAGCAGCAUGGCAAGGGUGUGCAAGCAGCUGCAGCAAGCGUUCAGGGAGCCUAAUGAUCGCUCAAUAUGCACAGCCCUGAAUUUAGCGUCACCAUACUUGACUCUCGUCUUGCAAGAAAAGAAUGUCUCAGCUGCAUUUCAAGACUGGCCUUUACUGGUCGAGCACCUCGAAUGGAUCAGCCUGUGCAAACGCGAGGAUAAGCUGUCUCCGUGCUUGGCUCGAUUACACAUGACCAUGCAAGGCACUUUCGGCUUUCAGUUUUCGCAUCCGCUUGCAAUAUCGCAAUCAGCACUGUGCGCGGUCGAGGGCUGCUUGUCCGUCACGACGACCAGCCCAGCCUUACACCCAGGUCAAGUCCGUCCAAUCUUUGAGCUGAACACCAUCGGGCUUAGCACAUCAUUGCUCGCCCUGCUUGGUCGGCCGGCGCCAUUGCUCAAAGCAUCGAAGGUACCAGAGCUGUCGACGCUGAAAAUUGUAACAACAUUCGACCUACAUGCCAGAACUCCCGGGAAUCGCGGGUUCUUGCUCAAUUGGCUGCCAAUACCAGCCGAGAACCCCUCGCAAGUCUUACCAGCGUUGCGUGUGAUACAACAGCAGCUGAAGAUCAACAGACUUAUAGAAGAAGCGAGGCAACUGGCGUGGUCAGCGCAAGAGCAGAACGCAGAUCACAUCGAAGAACAAAGCGAUAGCACUCUGGACCUUGAUGCCGAGCUAGACAGCAUGCUUAGCGGGACAGCGCACAACAAGUCUGUUCUCGUCGUCGUAUCGCUCCUGGACCCUCCACGGCUCGGGCUGUCGGUUUCUUUCACUCUCGUUCGCGAGACUGAUGGCCGUACACGUCCCCUCCACGUAACUGCAGAGCUGGAACCCGAUGCAGAGGCGAUUUCGUGGAAGGCUCUUGCCAGACUCACUGAUCAAUUGACCGGUGGCAUGAAGGACGGCCCUGUUUUGGCUUCUAUGUCUGAAGUGGAGCUGGGUCGAACCCUGAACCACCUAUUGGAUGCUGGGUUUGACGCCUUCGUCAGGUCUCUGUACAACUGGGCAAACGAUUUACAGAAAUGAAUGCUCACGUUGGGACCA